CGUUCUAGUUCCAUCCACAGUGGACCCACAAAACUCGCACUUUUGCCCUUUCCCUUCUUCACAGACCUUUUUGCGAUCUUCAGCGACGUCCCUCCGUUUUCUUUGCCGAAUCUGCUCUUUCAUCUCUCUUUCGAUCCGACAAUCCGCAUAGAUUUUAGCAUCGUUUGUGUAAGAUUAACACGUCCUUUCUCUAUUUUCUUCAUCAAUUUCUCGAGAAAGUACUGUUUCACAUACUGGGUCACUUCUCUAUUCUUCAGAAGGAGGUUGGUUUUUUGGGUUUUCUGUAUUCUGGGUUUCUGCAAGUGGGUGCUGGUCUUUCCUCAUCAAUUUCAGCUAGAGAUCAGUUUAUCCCCAACUGGGUUGGCUUUGAAGUAUUGAGAAAUCGCUUAAUUUCAAGGCAAAGGAUCGAUCUAGGCGUCUGGGUUUGUGAAAUCUAGGUUUCUCCAAGUGGGUUUUGGUUUUGGUGGUCUGAUUUCCUGAGGAAUCUCUUUAUUUUUCCAGAAAAAUCCGAUUUUGACAGCUGGGUGGUAUGUUUCAUGGGGUUUUCAGGUGAGUUUUAUGAAAUAAUCAGUUAUUGUAGUUGGAAUUUGCGUUGUUGAAUGCAGAGAUAUAAAUAGAAAGAAAGAGAAAGAAAAGAUGAAGAGAGGGAAAGAUGAUGAGAAAAUUAUGGGACCCAUGUUCCCAAGGCUUCAUGUUAAUGAUACAGAGAAGGGAGGGCCAAGAGCUCCCCCAAGGAACAAGAUGGCCCUUUAUGAACAGCUCAGCAUCCCUUCCCAGAGAUUCAAUCAUGGGGUGUUGCCUGUGAACCCCAAUAACUCUGCCAGUGUGGUUCCCCCAGCAUCCUCAAGCCAGGGAAGUGGUCGUGAAAGGGGUAUGUUUUUUCCGCUUCCCGUACCUCGUUCAACACAUCCUGCUGAGAAGUCAUAUGCUGGCUAUUCUGAUUUCAACACCCCGUUGGCACAACUUGAGCAGAAAAAGAAGCUAGAUGAAGAGGAAUUUAUGGUUCCUAUCUUAGUUCCGUCAGAAAUAGGUCAAGAUCAUAGCAAAAAUUCUAAUGGCAUGGAUAGGGGAAAAAUCUCUUCCUCCAGACCAGCAUAUGUGAGUCAUUCAAUGAAUAUUAAAAAUACCAGUGAUAAAGAGCCAAAACAAACUAGCAUUAUAAGUUCCAAUUUGAGACAAGGCAGAAGCCAGGAUGAGAAGAACCCAAAAGAAAUGACUGAAGGUCCACGGAAACAAACUGAUGCACCUGCAGGUCAGGAACAUAGAGACCGCCUUGCAAACAAUUUUGAUAGAAUACCAAGCACUGGUACUAGUUUAAAUCACGAAUCCAGAGCCAGGGCACAGCUACACAACAGUAUGUGUGGGAUUGAUGUCUCAAAUGAGCCUGUGAGAGGCGUAGAAAAUGGAUUUUCAUCCAUACUUAGAAGAGAUCCUUGUCCAGAAGAGCUGAGAAGUCCUAAUACUAAUGGCAGUGGAUAUCAUGAAGACAAGACAAGUUGGUCAGUACAGGCAGGAAAUGGGGAGAGAGGUGACGAUGCCUCGGAGACUUCCAUGGUGGAUUCUAUAUCAGGCAUGGAUAUAUCCCCUGACGAUGUUGUAGGAAUAAUAGGUCAGAAACAUUUUUGGAAAGCGAGAAAAGCAAUAGUCAAUCAACAAAGAGUGUUUGCUGUUCAAGUAUUUGAAUUGCAUAGAUUGAUAAAGGUCCAGAGAUCGAUUGCUGGAUCGCCACAUCUUUUGCUUGAAGAUGGUGCUUAUUUGGGUGAACCAUUGAAGGCCUCUUCCGCAAAAAAACUUCCAUUAGAGUAUUUCGUUAAACCAUCUCCGCAAAUUGCAAAGCAUAAAGAUGAUUCUGAGAACCCAAGUCGUAACAUGGAAUGCUCUGCCGAAAAUGCCGUCGGAAAGACAUCUCUUUCUUCCGCACAACACGUGAGUCAACCUUCGAUUUGCAAACAAUUUUCGGGAAACCCACUAUCGACAACUGUAACUGCAGAAUCCAAAUUGAGUCCUUGUUUCCAUCAACCGCCCACCGGGCACCAAUGGUUGAUUCCUGUAAUGUCUCCAUCCGAAGGGCUUAUAUACAAGCCAUAUCCUGGACAUGGAUUCAUGGGCCCGGUUUUUGGAUCUUGUGGACCUCCAGGAUCAAAUCCGAUGAUGGGUAAUUUCGUAAAUCCUGCAUAUAGCGUUCCAUCUCCUCACCACCAUUAUCAAGGGAUCGGGGUUCCUCCCACUUCUCCGGUCGGCCACAGCUAUUUCCCUCCGUAUGGCAUGCCGGUCAUCAAUCCAGUUUUCUCGGGCUUGGCCAGUCAACCUGGUCAGUCCGGUCAGUUAUCAGGCUCGUGUAAUGUGCUGACAACCCAGAAGAACGGAGGAGUGAUUCCAAAUGUCGUGAGGCUGCGUGCAUCUAAAGAAAGCGAGUUGCAAGGCAGUACGGCAAGUAGUCCUGGGGAGAGAGCACAGGGAUUUGGUGUAGGUCCCACCACCAAUGAAAGAAACGCGCUUCCUCUUUUCCCGACCUCUCCUUCCACUCACACUCUAGAUGAAGUCCCUCAGCUGCAUGAUGUUGAGCAGCCGGCGACAAGAGUGAUCAAAGUCGUGCCUCACAACGCUAGAUCUGCAACUGAAUCAGUGGCUCGGAUUUUCCAGUCUAUACAAGAAGAAAGGAAACAGUACGACUCGGCUUAGCUGAAACAGUGAGGGAUCACCCAAAUUGGUGUGGUGGUUGGUGGGUUGAUUUCUUUGUAGUUUUUGAUGUUUGAUGUUUUUGCGAACUGUUUUGUGUUUAAAAUUAUAGGUGAUACAUAUAUGUAUAUAUGUGUCUGAAGAUUAUGAGAUAAAUCAGGUAGUGUUAUAAUGAUAGUUUCUUUUCAGUUACUGUUGUAUUAAUUUGUAGGGGCGUAGAGCCUUCUUUGUAUGCCAGAUUGAUAGUUGCCUCAAGGCAAUGGUUCCUUUUCAAUGUAGGGCAGAGGUUGGUGUUUUAGCA